AUGGAUGGCGGUGUUGUCGACUCGGCCUUUGUGGUGUUCGCGCCAGUCGAGCUGUUCAACCUAAACACACUGAUGGUGACCGAUCAGGUGCAGGUCUUUGACCCAGUGAAGUACACCACCUUGGGUGGCAGCGCAUCGAUUGAGCAAGAGUACUUUGGCCCGGGCUCAGCAGCACUUCUGCUCAACGCCGCGGAAGAGUCGGCCACAUACACACUCACACCCGGUGGAUGGCCCGCCGGUAAGAAGAUCAAGUACUUCCUUCGCGUGUUGGUGCAGGCGGCCACCGCCACCACCAUCUUUAUGCGCACCAGUGACAAGCCAACUGUGACUAUCCCCGUGCCAGUUCCAGCCAAUACAUCAGUGCUAUCAAACAUAGGUGCCAACCUCUGCAACUUUGAGGUGUCAGACUCCAAAGCCGUAACCAUCACCAUCGGUACCAAAGGGACCAUCCCGGUCUACGUUCGCAGCAUUAUGAUCGUCAAGGACAAAGAUGUUGCUGCUGCCUAG